CUAUACUUACUUAUAAUGCUUCGGCGCAAUUAGUAAACGUUACCAGUCCGGAAGCGGGUUCAACGAUUCAUAAACCGUUCUACGGAAAGGUCGCAUGGAAAUAUAACAAUAAUCUUCGUGAUUCCGUAGUCAAUGUUUCAAUUUUGGGUUAUCAUUGCAAUGUACCAGCAUGUACUCCUGUUUUCACAAGUUAUUGGAGCCAAACUACA